AUGGCCCAACUUCGGAGCUAUCCAUUUCCCUACUCUCAGGCGGCACAGCUAGAUUCCAGGAUUAAAAUUCCACGACCAGUUAUUGAUCCCACACUAGCGCCCAUCAUCGAUUCGUUUCUUCUCCCCGAGGAGGUAGACCUCCAACUAAUGCGUGGCUUCACUGCCGUUGGUGACGGCGAAGAGUACAUUCACCCUGCAGAUACCAUUAUAAAAAGCGCAGUACAUAUGAAGCAUACUGAGUAUCACGCUCUUGGUCCUAAUGGCAAUAAUGUGACGCUAUCUGUUUUUGCGCCAAAGAACCCAACUUCGAAUGUUCUGCCAGCUUUAUACCACAUACAUGGAGGAGGGAUGAUUGCAGGUGAUCGCUUUUCUGGCGUUGCUGAGCUGUUAGACAUCAUCAAAGGUAUCGAGUGCGUCAUCAUAACCAUCGAGUACCGCCUUGCUCCGGAGACUCGAGCUCCAGGAGGAGCAGAAGAUUGUUACGCUGGGCUCAUCUGGGUAUCUGAGAACGCGAUCGUCGUUGGCAUUGAUCCAGCGAAGAUUGUUAUCUGGGGUGUUUCCGGCGGAGCAGCCCUAGCGGCCGCAAUAUGCCUGAUGGCUAGGGAUAGGAAGCUUCCCGCGACUCCCAUCAAGGGCCAGAUGCUUUUAUCUCCCAUGCUAGAUGAUCGCUGCGACAGCAUCUCAGACCAGCAAUUUGAAUAUGGGAGUCCUUGGUGCGGUAUUACAAAUCGCAUGGCAUGGGACUACGUUAUUGGGGAAGACAGGGGGAGCAACACAGUAUCGCAGUAUCAGUCGCCAUCUCGAGCAGAAGACUUGUCGAACCUCCCAUGUACUUACAUUGACGCGGCGGAGUGCGAAGUAUUUCGCGAUUCUGCUGUGUCCUUUGCUACCAACAUGUGGCGCUGUGGUUCAACUUGCGAAUUACACAUCUGGCCAGGGGCUUUCCACCUAUUCGACGGAAUAGAUAACCCUGAUGUACCACUUAUUCAUGCUGCAGUCUCUGCAAAAAGAACUUGGAUGGAAAGAAUCUUGUCCUGCUAG